AUGGCAUCCAUAAUCAGCCCCGGACAUGAGGCAGCGAUCAGAAACGCCAGCUCAACCUUGAAAGAGGACAUUUCCAGCGGGAAUGGGCUGCUCUCAAGCUACCUCAAUGGCUACAGCAAAUCUCAAAUACUCCUCACCAUCCUAGUUGUCUUGAUUGCAUACGAUCAAUGCAUGUAUCUCUGGCGUAAGGGCCCUAUUGCAGGCCCAGCUUUCAAGAUCCCUUUCAUGGGCCCCUUCAUCCGAGCCCUCUAUCCCAAGUUCGACCACUAUCUUGCUCAAUGGGCUAGCGGUCCUCUGAGUUGCGUUUCGGUGUUCCACAAAUUCGUCGUCCUCGCUUCCGACCGAGAUAUCGCACACAAAGUGUUCAAGUCCCCAACAUACGCCAAACCAUGCAUCGUCCCUAUGGCCGAAACCCUCCUGCGGCCGAGCGCCUGGGUCUUCCUUCAAGGCAAGGCACAUACUGAGUACCGCAAAGGACUGAACGGGCUCUUCGUCAACAAAGCACUCAGCACUUACCUACCCGUCCAGGAGAAGGUAUACGAUGAUUACUUCGGCCGGUUCGUAGCAGCAAGCGAGGCCAACAAGGGGAAGCCUAUGGCAUUCAUGCGUCUCUUCCGAGAGAUCAAUUGUGCUCUCUCUUGUCGAACGUUCUUUGGAGAUUACAUAUCUCAAGAUGCUGUCGAGAAGAUCGCUGACGAUUUCUACGAGGUCACGGCCGCCCUUGAGCUCGUCAACAUACCUCUCUCCGUCUACGUCCCGUUCACCAAGUGUUGGAAGGGAAAGCGCACUGCAGAUGCCGUGCUGGCUGAGUUUGCAAAGUGUGCUGCGGCUUGCAAGGCUAACAUGGCUUCCGGUGCUGAGCCACGGUGUAUCGUUGAUCAAUGGGUUUUGCACAUGAUGGAGUCUAAGAAGUACAACGACCGUAUUGCUGCAGGAGAAGAGGGAGUUGAGAAACCACGAAACUUGAUCCGUGAGUUUACAGACGAUGAGAUCGGGCAGACUAUGUUCACCUUCUUGUUCGCUUCCCAAGAUGCCUCCAGCAGCGCCACUACAUGGCUAUUCCAGGUCCUCGCUCAACGCCCCGAUGUUCUCGAUCGCCUUCGAGAAGAGAAUCUUGCCGUACGAAAUGGCAACAGGCACCAACCAUUCGAGUUAUCAAUGCUCGAGUCCCUUCCCUACACCAAUGCAGUCAUCAAGGAGCUUCUUCGAUAUCGUCCUCCUGUUAUUUUUGUUCCAUAUGAGGCUACCAAAUCUUUCCCCGUCACACCCAAGUACACGGUGUCCAAAGGGACCCUCAUCGUCCCUACGUGCUAUCCCGCGCUUCACGAUCCUCAAGCCUAUCCCAACCCUGAGACCUUUGACCCUGACCGAUGGAUCACGGGUGAUGCCGAGUCCAAGACAAAGAAUUGGCUUGUCUUUGGAGCUGGUCCUCACGAUUGCCUGGCUCGCAGGUACGUUCCGCUGACUAUGGCUGCCAUGAUUGGCAAGGCUUCUUUGGAACUAGACUGGGUGCAUCAUGCAACCAGCCGUUCGGAAGAGAUUAGAGUGUUCGCUACUUUGUUUCCUGAGGACGAAUGCCAGCUGGUCUUCACCAAAAGAGAGUAG